GGAGCGCGGAGCCCCGGAGCGCGGAGCCGGGCGGGGAUGCGGGAGGCGGCGAGGGGCGCUGCCCGGCGCAGCGGCUGAGGGCCCCGGCUCCGCGCCGGGCGGAGCGCACCCCCUCUCCCCUGCACCCCACAUUCCUCUCCCGGAUUUGGGAUCUACCUUGGGAAUUAUCUUUUUUUUUUUUUUUUUUUGCUUCCCUUCCUUUUUUUUUUUUCUUUUUUUUUUUCCCCUUACAUUUUUUUGCACACGUGGAGGAAAGCGUGGAUUUACUAACAUGAUCUUGGCAAACGCCUUCUGCAUCGUCCUCUUCGUAGACGAGAUCCUCCGCUCGCUGGCUGGCCCCCCGUCCCCCCCGGGGCAGGACCCCCAUGGCUGGCGGGUGCCCGUGGACUGCGUGCGAGCCAACGAGCUGUGCGCGGCGGAGCCCAGCUGCAGCUCCCGGUACCGAACGCUGCGGCAGUGCCUGGCCGGCCGCGACAGGAACACCAUGUUGGCCAACAAGGAAUGCCAGGUGGCCCUGGAGGUGCUGCAGGAGAGCCCCCUCUACGACUGCCGCUGCAAGCGAGGGAUGAAGAAGGAGCUUCAGUGCCUUCAGAUCUACUGGAGUAUACACCUGGGGCUGACCGAAGGAGAAGAAUUUUAUGAAGCUUCCCCCUACGAGCCGGUCACCUCUCGUCUCUCUGAUAUAUUCAGACUUGCUUCAAUUUUCUCAGGAAUGGACCCUGCCACCAACUCCAAAAGCAACCACUGCCUCGACGCGGCCAAAGCCUGUAACCUGAAUGACAACUGCAAGCGCCUGCGCUCAGGCUACAUCUCCACUUGCAGCAAGGAGAUCUCGGCCACCGAGCACUGCAGCCGGAGGAAAUGCCACAAGGCUCUGCGCCAGUUCUUCGACCGUGUCCCCAGUGAAUACACCUACCGUCUCCUCUUCUGCUCCUGCAAGGACCAGGCUUGUGCCGAGCGCCGGCGGCAAACCAUCGUCCCCUCCUGCUCCUACGAGGACAAGGAGAAGCCCAACUGCCUGGAUCUGCGCAACACGUGCCGGACGGAUCACCUCUGCCGGUCCCGGCUGGCUGAUUUCCACACCAACUGCCAAGCUUCCUUCCAGUCCCUGACCAGCUGCCCCGGGGACAACUACCAGGCAUGCCUGGGCUCCUAUGCAGGGCUCAUUGGCUUCGACAUGACGCCCAACUACGUUGACGCCAGCACCACCAGCAUCACCAUCUCACCCUGGUGCUCCUGUAAAGGCAGCGGCAACAUGGAGGAGGAGUGUGAGAAGUUCCUCCGAGACUUCACGGAAAACCCUUGUCUCCGAAAUGCCAUCCAAGCCUUCGGCAACGGCACCGAUGUGAACCUAUCCCCCAAGAACCCCUCGCCACCCAUCACCCCGCCACCGAAGACAGAGAAGAGCCCUGCCUUGCCGGAUGACAUCAACGACAGCAACACCAUGUAUGACACGAGUGUCAUCACCACCUGCACCUCCGUCCAGGAGCAUGGACUGAAGCUAAACAAGUCCAAAGAGCAGAGCCUGUGCUACUCAGAGACCCAGCUGACCACAGACAUCAUGCCAGACCAGAAGACAUUUGUGGACCAGAAGGCAGGCGGCAGCCAACACUGGGCGGGCCGGACCCUGCCCAUUGUGCCCAUCCUCCUGCUGAUGCUGGCGUUAUAGAGGGGCGAGAAAGGCAGCGGCUGGCGGGAUGAGGACGCUUGCACAAGCGUGCACAAGUGUGCACGGGGAGCGCCCACUGGCAUGCUCGCUCUCGCUUUGGUUCCUGCGGCAGCAACGGGGAAGGGAAGGAUUGCCUCGUGUUGGAGACUGAAAUGCUCACAACCUCUGGGGAUGCUGAGCCUCAGCACACCGGGCGGCAGGAGGACCCUCAUCAUGCUGGGAAACUUUGGUGGUUUUCUUCCUAUUUUCAUUUUUUUUUUCCUUUUUUUUUUUUUUUUUUUUUUUUUUUUGUCUUUUACGGUGUGUUGGGUUUCUUUUCUAAAGCAGGAGCCCAUGGCUCAUGGCAAAACCUCCCCAUGUGCCCUGCAAGAGGCGAUCCAGAGUGGCACUGGGGAGGGAAAAUAAAUGUCGAGCAGAGCUUUGGCGAAGGUUCUUUGCAGCACCCAUCGGCCCGGGUGCGCUGGGGUGGCCGUGGGGACGGUGAGGUUUCCGCAUCGGAGCAUCCUAGGGGAUGGAGCACCGUUGGGAGGCUCUUCUGCAUCCUCCAAGGGAACUCACUGGAGCUCUUGAUGUUGUUAUUGGGGGUUUGGGGUUUUUUUUCUUUCCCGUGGUCAGCGAGAGUUUUAAAAUGGAAGAGAAAAGAAACUACUGUUCAAACGUUGUGAGGUUGUCCUGAUGUUUUCAAUCUGUCACUUUGAGAGGGAGGUUUUUCUUUUUUUUUUGGUUGAUUUUUUAAAAAUCCUUGUCCAGUUGAAUUUGGAUUGGGAUGGGAUCUGGCCCGUCAGUGGUCAGAACCCUCUAUAUGUUCCUCUCAGUUUUCUUUCUUUUAUAUAUACAUAUAUAGUGUAUGUAUAUACUGUUCACCUAUACCUACAUAUAUGUAUGUAUAUACAUAACCAUAUACAUCUACAGUGUGGCUUUUUUAAUUUCCUUUUUUUCC